AUGUCCUAUCAAUGGUCAUCAGACCUGUUUGCCGAAAUUUACAAUGCCAUCAAGUUUGAGGCAGACGUUGAUGUAUCGGCCAUCGAUUUAUCAAGUAUAUCACAUGAUCUUGCACAAGUUUUAAAGACUCCAUCACCACUGACUGAAUCUCGAAAUAAGUUAAAAUCCCCACUUAAGUUUAGUAAUGGCGAUGUGGUCCGAUUGAACGAGGAGUUUGUUGAAUUAAGUGUCUUGCUAGCCACAGAGCUUGAUUUGGAUGAAAUGUGUACUGCUGAAUUGUUAUAUUUCAGCGAGGAUGUCAGUUAUAAAAAGGGGACAUCAUUGCUUGAUAGUGCUAAAUUAUCAUACUUUGGUCGUGGUGAAUACAUUUUGAAUAUUUUGAUCUACCUUAUAGGAAACAAGAUAUUGCCCUUGAACGCAAGUGACGUCUUUAAAAAUACGUUAGAGAGCUUUCAAAAAGUUUAUAAACUAAUUGAUAUUGUGAAUGACAUGAUUGACAAACAAAAGGUGACGGGGGACUUGCUGAGUUUAGUGUUUAUCAAUGGGAUCAAUUUCGCAAGGUCUCAGUUGUUUAAAUUUCACGAACUUUUGGGCACUUUAUUGUUCACAAUGAGUGAAUCUUAUUUUGAGGAUAUCGGAACUGUUGACAAUUACGAAAAGGUUAUAAAAAUUAUCAAGCUAUUGCAAAAUGAUGACGUAUUUAUCUUUCAUUUCCUUCCGUUCGUUUUAAAUUUUCAAGCUAAAGCCAGGGAGAGUGCAGGAUUGAUUGAUCAGUUGUACACUUUUAUUACAAAAUCAAUUCUGGUGGGGGAAAAGGAAGAUAUGUUUGACUUAUCGCAAUCUCAACUUCAUGGAUUUGAGAUUGUAACGGGGCUCAUUUUCUUGACAGAGUUUAUUCCAUGGUGUAAACAGCAUGAUAUCGAGAAGUACGACUUUCAGAAAAAUAUUGUCGUUUACAUGGAACAAUUAAUCUCAGUCGGAGUAAUGGAACUAUUAUUGAGCUAUUGUGCGGAAACUGGUACACCAGAAACAAGGCGUGUUUUCGAAUUAUCAGAUACAUAUGACUUUAGAUCAUUACUACAAAGAACUGUUCCACCGUUUGUGCCAAAAAAAUUUGAGUAUUCAGGCUCUGCAGAGCUCUUACAUUUGGCCAAACAAAGACCCGACUUUGUGAAUGUGGUCAAGUUGGUUGAUGUGUCAUAUUUGAAAUUGAAUCCAGAACUCAAUGAUUCUUUGGUAUCUCCAUUAUUGCAGCAUUUUUUUGGAACUUUUGUUGCAGAUGCCGCAUUGAUUUUGACAUCUUUACGAGAUAGCGAAGAAGAUUUUGCUUUGUCCUUUUUGGAUAGAAAUGAAGACAUUAGCGAUGAGGAGAGCGAAAACGAAGAGCGUUCGAAAACGGAAAAACCACGUUUGCUGGAAUUCGAUGAAAUUGCCCAACGUGCUGAUUUGGAGAGAUUUUAUUUGGCUUUUGCGUACAAUUGCAAUAACAGACCCGAUUUGUGCUCGGCUUUUUGGGCCGACGAAACCAACUCUAAUGAAGUAUUUGGAUUUUUGUCAUGGGGUUUGAACAAUAAUACAUCACCUUUGAUUGCUGCUAGCUUUAGUGUUCUUUUGGCAGCAUUAGCUUCUGGUGGAUCCAAUAUUGCAAGCAAGAUAUGGGAUAUCUUGAUCAACAACAAUAAUCACGCGAAAAAGAAUGAUUAUUCAAGAAUUUCUAUUGAAUCUAUCGUUGACUCAUUGAAUUACUACAUUGAAUCGCUAAACACUAACUUCGAACAAGACUUAAAUGACCAAUUGAACAUAUAUCAUAAGCGUCAUGAGCUUGUUUUCUCAAAUAAAAGUAUGGGAAAUGUCAAAGACACUGGAGAAAACAAGAUUGUUAUCGAGCUUGCCGAGGACUCUAUUGUCUCAAUAUCUGGAUUUGUGAGGUUGAUUUCAUCAAUCAUGAUAAAUCUAUCAGGCUCCGAGCGUGCAAAUCAAAUCAAAAAUGUAGCAUUCAAUCGCUUCAUGCCAAUCAUCAAGGGAUUCUUGAAAUUUGACAAUUUGAUCAAUGGUGGGAAAGUUUUGCAAAUUGAUGUUAACGCGCAUAAUUCCACGAUGAAUCCAAAUUAUAUAAAUUUACCCGAUAUCCACGUUAGUGACGACUCAAGAAUUGUGUUGUUAAAUUUGACUUUCCAAUUACUUGGUAAUCUUGCUGAACAGAAUCUGGAUUCAUUCAUCAGAUAUGAGUCCUGGCGAAUGUUGGAUCGUUGGAUGUACCAUGGCUUACAUUUAGCUCAAACCCAGCUGAAUGAUUUAUUUAGCAAACAAACGGAAAGAAAUAAAUACUCAAGGAAAAGAUCGAUUGGAACGAUCGAAGUGUAUUCCAAUAACUUGACCCAUUAUAGUCAAGUACUCAACUUCGCAGACCUUGUCAAGAAAUUGUUGCAACCAUUGAGUUUGGAGGAUACUCAGAAGUAUACUUUGGCUUAUCCAUGUGAUCUAGGUUAUGGGUACAGACCAAAUAACAAAAUUGGAGUAUGGCCGUACAUUGAAUUCCUUUUGGUGAAUGUGUUGGGACAGUCACAUAGUUUGACAAACGAGCAGUACAGAGACUCUUUGCAAAUGUUAUUGCUUCAGUUGUGCAUCGAGUCCUUGCAUGAAGUGGAAUGGAAAUUCUUGAGUGAGUCCGCAUUGAACAUUAUCAGAGAUUUUAAAUCAUUUGAGUCUAUAUUUGACUCAUUGAUUCCAGGAUUGCCGAUAAAUUAUGAAUUAUUUGUUAAGUUGCAUCACUCACUAGCAGUGUUUACAUGUUUUCUUGACAGUAAUGCCUACACUGCACUAUUCAAGAUCAUCGACCAUGGGGUGGAAUCAGUUAACGCUUCGGCCGAAAUCGCAACCUUGGUCGGCCAAGCAUUGAAUGUGUUUGAUUCUUUGUUGGGUAUGCAGCAGAACUUUCGUGAGUAUUUGUUACCUGUUUUGAUACGCAAAAACAUACUGCAACAGCCAGUGCAUAGAAAUUCAAUUAUGAGUAUCCACACAUCUAUGACUAAGAGUUUGAAUCAACCGACUUCCGUCUUUGAUAACAUAUACCACUCCAAAAUUCUUGGAUUGUCAAGUGUGAAAACUUUUUAUGACGUGUUUUUAUUCCAUUUGUCAUCCGUUGCUCACAUUGCGCUAUUUGUUAAUUGUGACAAUUCAAUUUCUAGUGACGCAUUAAAGAUAUUGAGCAAAUUGGGGAAAGAAGAUCAUUUUAAAAGUAGCAAGUCGGAAGCUGACCCUUUGUUGAGUAACGAUCGCUUACUUACCACGUUUUUGAACAUUGAUGAAUCAGAAAAGAUCAAGUUUGCCUUUAUUGAUAAAUUUGAAGAGAUCGAGGAUACGUUGAAGAUCAAAUUUGAAAUUUUGGAUUUACUUGCUAGCAUGCUUGAUCCCGCAAAGAAGACACUCAACAUGGCGCAUUUCUUGUUGGGAUUCAACAUCAAAGCAAACAAUUUGAGCUUGAACGAUUCACAACACACGACUUUACUAGACAUUCUUUUGAGCACAUUGAAAGACAGCGUCAAUUUGAUAUCAGAGUUGGAUUUUGGCAAUGGGAACCGUCAUGUAAUUGAUGUCGGUCCAGCAAAGUUGUCAUCAUUGAUAUUAGAGAUUUUGAUCAAGCUUUGUUCAAAUCCGGCAUCUUCACAAAUUAGCAUGAGUAAAGUGCGUGAUCAAAAUUUAGUAGAGAUGUUGAUUACUUUCCAGCCAAAGUUGGAUUUGAUGACCAGCUGGUGUGGACACGAGUUUGAUGGAGAUCUUGAUGUUAAUGUUGAAAAUUACUUCAUUAGCUCUUUGCCAAGCAUAAACGCAUUCACAGCUUUUAUCACACAACGAGAAUUGGCAUUGAACUUGUUGUCAUUGGAGUUUUUCAACACUCAGUCAACAACUCAGAAAAAGUACUAUGCCGAGCUUUUGAUUUUCAAGAACCAGUCUCCCAAUAGGACAUCAAGAAUCGUUGAUUUUCUUGAUAUCUUAAAUUUUAACUUCAAGAACUUUGAAGUUGAAAAAUAUGACUACUUGAAUCGGUCAUUUGAUGUUGAAACGAUAUUGAAGCAAGUACAGGGUCCAAAUUAUACUUUGAAUUACACCAUUUUGGAAAAAAUUUAUAAAAUUUUAUGUCAAAGCUCAAACAUGGUGACACCCGAAUCGAAGCAGCAGUAUAGUGAAGAGGUAAUGGCUGAGGGAAACAAAAUGCAGGAGUUUGUCACGAAGUAUCUUGUGAUGAAUAAUUCACGUGAUGUUCAAUUGAAAUGUCUAACGUCGUGGUGCCAGUUGAUGUUGGUGUUGCAAGAUGAGAUAAACUCGGGUGAUUUUAUCAUUGAUGUUUUUAAUGCCAUUUUGCCGAAAGUUUCAAUCUUUAUUGAGUCAGACACGGUAUUUUCAGAAGAGUUGGUGUCACUUUGUGGGUCGCUAUUCAAUACUUUCGUGAGCAAGUUUGCCAAGUUUAAUGACGACAAGCAAGCAAAAUUGGUCGUAGAGCAACUAAUGCCAUUGUUCCAAACAUGUAUUUCCGGAGUGAUCAAUUCUCAUGCUACGCCCAGUAUGCGAUCAGAAUUUUACUCAAUAUUGAACAAGUUUAUUCUGAAAAUUUUUCAAAAUAGGUUUUUAUCGACAAAGGUUAUGGAAUUGGUAAGAUCCGUACACAAAAAGCUUUUGCCUAUCAUAACCAAUGACGCAUUGUAUUCUGAAGGGCUUUCACGUAUUAAUUCGAUCUUUUUGAUCGAGUCGCUUUUGAAAUUGGAGAGUGCGAGCCUGAGUCAAGAGCAAUUCAUUUUCUCCCACGUCCUCAAGCAAAGCUUUUUGUCGCAAGUUAUUCGUGCAUUAAGACGAACAGACCAGGUGAUUAGGUUGUCCACGUCACCGACUUCCGAAUUGACGUUUAACGAACUUUUUGUUGAACUUACCGCGUUUAAGGCGAACGUAUACUUACUCAUCAAAAUAGCUCAAUCACAAAAGGGAGCUUUACAAUUAGUGCAAAAUGAGCUUUUUGCUACUUUGAAAAGCAUGGAUCUACUACAAAUUGAUCCCGACUUGGGCUUAACAUUGCAUGCGCAUGAAGUUCAGGAUUUUAAGAAUAUUAGUAUAAAGGUGCUUUUGGAUACACCUUUGUCGUUGUCAGACUUGGUCAAUCCAGAUUCCAAAUAUGAAGACACGAUCUCUUUGAAUGAGUUGGUGGUUCCAAUAUUUGAGUUAGUUACAACGGUGCUACUUUCUAUGGGUCCGACUUACAAGCCUGGAGUUGUGCAAACAAAAGAGUUUAUGAAGAAAGUUGACGAAUUGGUUAUGGGAGUUUUGAAAAGAGACUACUUGUUGGAAACUGGACAAGUCAGUAAAGCUCUUUCUGACAAGGAAGGUGAUGAAAUAUUAUUGUUGCAAAAAUUGGUGCGAUUAUUUACCAUUAUAGAUUCAGUAGUUGGAGCUUAG